CGCAAUUUCGGGAGGAAUUAGAGGAAAGGGGAAGGCUGAAAUCGGGAAGUCAAAUCAGGGCAUAAAAGGAAAGGGGGAGCAGAACAAGGGGAUGGUUCAGGGAAAUCAGGGGACGGAUAAAGGGAAAGGGAAGAUGGAACAUAAAUCGACCAACGGUAACAACAAACUUGGGCUGGCCCAAGAAUGGCGCCAAGUAGGGCCCAAGAAUGUUGAGAAUACGACUACAGACGGGAACAUAGAGCCCAAAGCUUCAUCAUCCAAACCCACUGCACAAAGCUUGACACGGCCCAAUCUCCACUCCUCGCAGGCGGUCUUGGAAAUGAAUAACACCAAAAUCCAGAUUCUCGCCGUCCCUGAUCUGAGCAUUCAACAGAAAGAGAAUCGAAACCCCAACUCUGAUACCCUUCCUGCAAGAAAACAGGAACACAAGCAGAAGAAAAACCAAGCCCUGCAACCGAAGGGAAUCAAUCUUAAAACGACCAAGAGGCCUCUUCAAAUCCACAGCCCCGGGAAGAAGGAAACUCACUCGAAGCACAAGCAGAUUCCGCUCCCGAUCUCCCUUAAAGCAAUAGAGGAAAUCUGCAAUACCUCCCAAAAUCUGGCGGAACUAUCAGAGAAUCUCAGCGAGGCGAGUUCAGGGGAUGUGGCGAUGGGGGAAACGAUGAUAAAGGAGGCCUCGGCUGCUGCGAUUCAAGAAGAGUCCAAGGCGCCAACAAACCUCACGAUUACUUAAUCCCCGACCCUCUCUUGCCGCUUCCUUUCCCCCCUUCCUUGAUUUUGUUAUUUAUGGUUUAUCAAACUAGCUUUAAAAUUUUAUCCUGGAAUGUUUGUGGUGCAGGUAGUAUGAAAGUCAGAAGAGCCAUUUUCCUGAUUAGGGAUACGCAUAAACCGGAUUUUCUAAU